CCGCCCCCUUCAAGGUCCUGACUGGUUCAUAGCAAACGUGGGCAGGGGCUUGAGGCUGGUGUUUAAGUUUGAAGGUCGAGAGCUGCCGGUGAGAAGGAGGCCCAGCAGCCAUGGCGGUGGAAGGAGGAAUGAAGUGUGUCAAGUUUUUGCUCUACGUUCUUCUGCUGGCCUUUUGCGCCUGUGCAGUGGGGUUGAUUGCCAUUGGUGUGGCAGUUCAGGUCGUCCUGAAUCAGACCAUCACCCACGAGACUACGCCUGGCUCCCUGUUGCCUGUGGUCAUCAUUGCAGUGGGCGCCUUCCUCUUCCUGGUGGCCUUUGUGGGCUGCUGUGGAGCCUGCAAGGAGAACUACUGUCUUAUGAUUACAUUCGCUGUCCUCCUGUCUCUCAUCAUGCUCGUGGAGGUGGCCGUGGCCAUUGCGGGCUAUGUGUUUAGAGACAAGGUGGAGUCAGAGUUUAAUAAGAACUUCCGGCAGCAGAUGCAGAAUUACCUUAAAGACAACAACACGGCCUUGGUUCUGGACGGGCUGCAGAAAGAGUUUGAGUGCUGUGGAGCCAAUAACUACACAGACUGGGAGAACAUCACUGGUAUGGCCAAGGACCGAGUCCCUGACUCCUGCUGCAUCAACAUUACUGUGGGCUGUGGAACUGAUUUCAAGAAAUCCACGAUCCACACUCAGGGCUGCGUGGAGAGUAUAGGGGUCUGGCUGAGGAAGAAAAUACUGUUGGUGGCUGCAGCAGCCCUGGGCAUUGCUUUUGUGGAGGUCCUGGGAAUCAUCUUCUCCUGCUGUCUGGUGAAAAGUAUCCGAAGUGGCUAUGAAGUCAUGUAGGGGUGGGGGGGUCUGGUCCUUUUCCGUCUUUUCAUCUAAGGGAGUGAAUUCUCCAGGUUUUUCAAUUAAACGGAUUAUUUUUUCAGACCUAAAAA